UCAGAGAAUUCAAAAGUGAAGCAAAGUGUGAGGAGAAAAGUUCAGGGUCUGAAACAUGAGGAGGAGAAGCAGCAGGAGGAGCUCCGUCCUCAGGAGGAGCUCCAGCAGCAGGAGGCGCAGCGACCAGGACCUGCGCUUCGACGAGUUCGGCUUCAACCUGACGAGGAGGAAGGAGCAGAAGGUCCAUCACCGGUGUCACGAGUACAGUUACCCCCCGCUGAGCUCACAGAGGGUGAAGGAGCUGUGUGAGCUGCUCAGCUACUGGAACGGAUCCAGCUUCAUCUGCAGGAGCCAGAUGGAGCGAUUCAUCAGAAUGGGCGUCCCUCCGACUCUGAGAGGUCGAGUGUGGAGGUGUCUGCUCAGCACGGACGCUCUGAGGGAGAGCAGCGACUUCAACUACCAGAAGUGCUUGUUAGAGGUGCGGGGCCCCCUGGUGGACUUAGGUGUGAGUGAGUACGGCAUCCUGUCGGCCAUAACAACCCUCAGCGACACGCAGAACGAUCUGGACUUGAACCCCCGGCUGUCGCCCAACUGCCCUGAGCCGGGCUACUCUGUGGACGACAUCACGUUGUUUCGACAGAUCGCCUUGGACCUGCAGCGCUCCUUCCCAACCCACCGCUCUCUGAUGGGGGAGAGUCCCGAGGCCAUCGAGGGUCAGGCCAAGCUCUUCAGGGUCCUCAUCGCCUACGGGAAAUACAACCCACAGGUCGGGUACAGCCAAGGCAUGUCCUACAUAGCUGCUGUUCUGCUGAUGCAGUUGGGAGAGGAGGAGGCGUUCUGGGCUCUGACAGCCUUAAUGGAUAAACCUAAAUAUCUGGCUGAACUCUUUGACCUCAGCCUCUCCAAGGUCCAACACCAGGUGAAGGUGUUCGACCAGUUCCUGAGGCACAGGAAGCCGAAGCUCUCUCAGCACCUGGAGUCGGUGGGAGUCUCAUCAGUCCACUUCGUGAUGCCAUGGUUCCUCACGCUCUUCACCGCGCUGCCCUGCUGGGAUUCUGUCCUCGCUGCCUGGGACCUCAUCAUACUGCACGGCCUGUCCGCGGUGUUCCGUAUCGCUCUGACCAUCAUGGAUCUGCUGGAGCCUCGGCUGAUGGAGCAGCACGACGAGGGAGCGGUGCUACCGCUGCUGCUGAGGGUCCCUGUGGAUGUAGCCAAGUACAUAGUUUUAGUCCCUGCACUGUGGAAUACUGAAGUCCAAGACUGGGAGAUUAAAUGUAUGAACAGUCUGGUGCUGGAUGAGAGCCACCAUGGAUCCAAAACAGACAUGUGUGAGACGCAGACGUCCUCAAUGUCGAACCAAACCACAGAAGAUAAGGAUGAAGAGAAUGCACCAGUAUUGCCCGGAGGAGGAAAACCCACAGAGAAAGACUCAGUAACCAGAGCUAAGAGCGUCCUGAGCCGCGUGAUGCGUCUGGCCCAGCGGUACCUGAUCGAGCCGAUGGGCCGGCAGCGGACUGAGGACAAGAGCUCACAGGUCAAGAGCAGACAGCGUAGUCCUGCGCCCGGUCGGGUUCUCAGGAGCCGGACCUCAGCUUCUCUAACUAAAGCUCAGAUCCGAUCCAGGAGGCGGGGCCAGCAGGAGGGCCGAGCCCGUCAGCCGACGCUGCAGGGGAGUGGUGGUGACGUCACGGUGACAGAUCCAGCUGCUGGUGGGAAAAGUGACGGAGCAGAACAAACCUUCAAGAGAGCUGCCACAGAACCUCUGGGCAAGGCAGCCCGUCACCACAGUAUCCACAGCCUCCGGGUCAAGUCCCACCGUCUCCUGCGAAGUGUAAAGAACCCGUCCAACCAGACCCCCGCUCCCUCUUCCUCUUUUCCUCCUCCGUCGCUCCGCUCCUCUACUCUCCCUCCGAUGCCCUCCAUCCCGGCUUCCAACCCUCCGUCAUCCAGAGCGUCUCAGGGCCGACAGGAACCAGAGCAGCAGGAUACAGCCAGGAUGGCUUUCAUCAGGGAGCUGUCCUCCAGACAUCAGAUCAGUGUCCCGCUCCGGGACGCCAGGGAGUCCACGCUCAUCUGACGCUGAAGAGGCCGAGGGACGAGACGGAACAAGAGACGGAGACGACGCCAGUCAGUGAAUCAGGUUAUUGGACCGAGACAAGUCACACAAAACCCAAAUGAACGACUCCCAGUUCAACAAGUUCACUGGAACGCCACUAAAGCCACUGCACAGCAACAUGGGGGCAGAUCCGUCUGUGAUGUCACACCCACAGUUAUUUAAAUGAUAUGUUUAACGUCUCACAGGAGGAACCUGCUCAUCAUGCAAAUUAAUGUCACAGUAUUCGGUCCAAGUUCUAAGGAUGAUUCUGGUGAACGAUCCCCGUUUGGAAGGCGGCUGCUCGGCCGAAUGUUCACUUGUCCAAUCCCCACUCGUGUGUUUGUGUUCACGUGUAAGUCUGGAAUCAUAAAUCACCCCCGGGAAGCUCUCGUCUCCCGAGCUCGUCUGGAACGAGGAGUUAUCGCUGCGCAGGUCGGGUGAGGACUCGUGUGAGGACUCGAGUCAGCAGCUGAACAGACCUGUGGAUCCAAACUGACAGACUAACUGAACCAGAUUGUGUAGAUCAGCUCGUGUGGAGCUGCAACGUGCACAUCAAUAAUGUGUGUGUGUCCCUUCGGUGUAACGAUGUGCUGCACUGGGGCUGUUUCUUAUUUUUCCACUUGACUCAUAAAUGCUCCAGAACGACUCUGUUUUUUAUCGUCUUACAUCAGAGACACUAAUAAAAUAUUCAUGUUUUACUUUUUAA